GUGACAGUAAACGGGACAGAACUAAGCUAAUUAUUGCCUGGUUCAGAUGCUCUUAGCGAUGUAUUUACAGGUAUCCUUGCUGUUUUUCAUCUGGACAGGGGCAUUGACCUUAAAGAUAUGCUCAUUCAACAUACAAUCAUUUGGAGAAAGCAAAGUAGCUAAGCCAGAAAUCUUGGAUGUAAUAGGAAAGUGCAUUUCCCGCUGUGACAUCGCACUGGUGAUGGAAAUCAAAGAUGCCAGUGGGAAGGUUUUUCCACAGCUCAUGACCCACCUGAACAGCCAACUUAACCGGAAGAAGGAUCAGUAUAAAUAUGUCAUCAGUGAGAGACUGGGAAGGAAAUCAUACAAAGAGCAAUAUGCCUUUAUUUUCAGAGAAAAGCUAGUGUCGCUGCAGGCUGUGUAUCAGUACCCUGACCAGCAGGAAGAAGGUGAAGUUGAAGAUUCGUUUGCACGAGAGCCUUUUAUCUCCUGGUUUACAUCCUCCAGAACAGCAAUAAAGAAUUUUGUAAUAAUCCCGAUCCACACUGCACCGGAGGCUGCAGUCCGAGAAAUAGACGCUCUUUAUGAUGUUUACAUGAACACAACACAGCGCUGGAAAAUUGAGAAUAUUAUUAUCAUGGGCGACUUCAAUGCAGAUUGUGGCUAUGUACCCAAGAAGAAAUGGAGGAACAUCCGGCUGAAGUCUAACAGCAGCUUUGUUUGGCUCAUCAACGAUGAAAGUGAUACAACUGUAAAGGAAUCCACUCACUGUGCUUACGAUAGAAUUGUUCUUCAUGGGCAAAACCUCGUCCAAGCUGUGGAUCCAAAAUCAGUGAAAAUAUACGACUUUAAAACUGCCUAUGGACUAACAGAGAAAGAGCUAUAUCAACCUACAACUCACAACUGGCAACCCACUGAAGCUCAGCAGAUUUCGAGGACCAGUCUGCAUUAUGAUCUUGUCAUGCCCUGUGGCUCCAUGUUGCAUCGCCUGUCUCCCACAGGCUCUAGCAGUCAGCGAUCACUUCCCAGUGGCCUUCAGCGUCAUCUCAGGCCGAGAACCGUCUCCCCUGAGCAAGAGUCCAAAGAAACGAGCACGGAAGAAAACGAGCUCUGCCUCUUACUCUACUGGAGCACUUCCUGCAGAGUUUCCCCACUAGCAUACCAUAAAUAAAAUCUGUCUGCAGCUACUGGCCUGAAACUGUAUAACACAGAGCUGCCUCUACUCUGAUUCACCAUGUUCGCACCCUGUGAGUUUUAUUAUUAUAAGGAGGCUUCAAAAGUCAGAAUGCUAGAUGUGAAAUAAAUAGAUAAUAUAGAAAUACA